GUCUGCUCUGUCCCCCGGAUAAGCUCAGGACCUAACUUCUUCUGUGGUUUCAGAGUUCUCUAAAGGGGAAAGAGAGAAAAUACAGACUACAGAGUAAUAAUGGAGGGUAAGGAAGAAGAUGUUAAGCUCGGAGCUAACAAGUUCUCGGAGAGGCAGCCCAUUGGGACUGCAGCACAGACAGAUAAGGAUUACAAGGAGCCACCACCAGCUCCAUUGUUUGAGCCUGGGGAGUUGAAAUCAUGGUCGUUUUGGAGAGCCGGGAUUGCAGAGUUCAUGGCCACUUUUCUCUUCUUGUACAUCACAAUUUUAACCGUGAUGGGUGUGGGAAGAGCUCCCAGCAAGUGUGCUUCAGUGGGCAUUCAAGGGAUUGCCUGGGCUUUUGGAGGCAUGAUCUUUGCCCUUGUCUACUGCACCGCUGGUAUCUCAGGUGGGCAUAUCAACCCGGCUGUAACCUUUGGUCUGCUGUUGGCAAGGAAGCUCUCCCUAGUCAGGGCGCUGUUCUACAUCAUAAUGCAAUGCCUUGGUGCAAUCUGUGGUGCCGGUGUUGUCAAGGGUUUCCAGAGGCAUCAAUACCAACUACUCAACGGUGGAGCCAACUUUGUUCAGCACGGCUACACCAAGGGCGGCGCCCUUGGUGCUGAGAUAGUCGGCACCUUCGUUCUUGUCUACACCGUCUUCUCUGCAACGGACGCCAAGAGAAACGCCAGAGACUCCCACGUCCCUAUUUUGGCUCCUCUCCCAAUUGGGUUUGCAGUUUUCUUGGUGCAUCUGGCAACCAUCCCCAUCACCGGAACCGGCAUCAACCCUGCUAGGAGUCUUGGAGCUGCUAUUAUCUUCAACAGGGAUCUCGCCUGGCAUGACCAUUGGAUCUUCUGGGUAGGACCCUUCAUUGGAGCUGCCCUUGCUGCAGUGUACCACCAGAUCGUCAUCAGAGCCAUCCCAUUCAAGACCAGGGCCUAAAUCUGUGAUGGUGUCUUGAGUUGUUUAACCAUUAGAUUUUCUUUUUAUCCUCCAUGUCAUUUCUUUUCAUUUUUUGAAGUAAACCUACUCUUUGUUAUGUAAGUUGAUCGGUACUCUUAAAUCUGUUUAUUAUGCGUGUAAAUGAUUUAAGUUUUCAGUCUGUGGUUGGAUUUGGAAAAUGAAGAUUCUUUCCGAGUUAAUUAUUUCCACA